AUGUCUGAAGCUCCGCACCUCACCCUCAACCAGACCGACCUGUCCGACCUGGAUCCCACUUCAACUGUCGGCGUGCAUUCAAACACCGACCCCUACGUCGGCAAGAAGCCCAAUACGCGCAAGGACAGCAUUCUUGCUUCUGCACAAUCCACCAUGGACGCCAUCAGCAACCAUCCCGCAACGCAGAGCCUGAAGGACACCAUCAACAACGGUCCCAUCGCAGAAAACGUCAAGGCACAAACGGCAAAGACGAAGGACGAGUUUGCUGACCUUGCAAAUGCCCGCACCACUCCAGAUCAGCCCGCUGCGACUGGACAGCCCCUCACCCACUACCACAGCUUGUUCUACCGCCUCCUGAGCUGGAGGAAUCCUCGCGCGACUGCCAUCUCGUUCGCCGCCUCCGUCAUCUUCAUCUUCGCCGUCAGAUACCUCAACAUUCUGCGCUACAUCCUGAAGGCUGUUUGCUGGACGCUGGGUGCAACGGCCACGGCCGAACUGGCUGGAAAGCUAACGCUAGGCCGCGGUCUCACCUCGCAGGUGCGACCGAACAAGUACUUCACGAUCCCCAAGGCAUCUCUCGAGCGUCUUCUGGACGACGUCGAGCAGCUGAUCAACUUCUUUGUCAUUGAGUCGCAGAGGAUCAUCUUUGCAGAAAAUCUGUUCGCUACGUUCGCGGCUUUCUUUGCCUCUUUCGUCUCCUACUUCCUCAUCAAGUUUGUUCCCUUGUGGGGUCUUGCUCUGAUCGGGACCACCAUCGCUUACCUCGGGCCGCUCGUGUACAUCAAGAACAAGGACGUCAUUGAUGCCCAUCUCAAGCAGGCAAGUGACUUGGCUGCUCAGCAGGCGACGCAGAUCCGGGACCUUGCCGCUCAACGCACCGAGCAUGCUGCCAAGACGUUCCAGACGUAUGCUGGGGAGUAUACACACAAGGCUCAGGAGACGAUCAAUCAGUACCGCGGACGGUCCAGCUCCCCUGAAGUCAAAAAGGAGGACCUUCCAUCGGCACCCAAGCACGAACCCGUCGCUGCUAAGGAGUCUGUUCCAGAGGACGCCGCUGCCGCCACUGCUGCCCCAGCUUUGUGA